AUGGACGAACACACUCACUACCUCCCUUACACCACCAACACUCCCUUUGUGGUGACCAAGAACGACAAGAUGGCCGAGGACGCGAACGGAUCACAGAAACCCAAGUCUCUUCAGAGCACCAAGACGCCUGAGCCGCGGGUCGACCAACCGGCAACCAACGGUCACGACAACAUCUCGCCAGGCACGCCCGGUCCUUUUCCUGAUUUCGACUGGGAAGAAUUUGAGGCCCGCUACGAGAAGGCGCUCGCGGACGCUGAUGAGGAAGAGCGAGAGCUGUUGGAGCAGUUUGAAGGCCUUGUCAAGUAUUUCAAUAUCUGGGCUUCAACUUCCAGCGCCCAUGACAACGAGCGCGCAGUCAAGCGCCUCCACACCAGACAGAGAUACGUUAACAUGCAAGAGCAGAAUAUGGCUCAGAAGCAGGAGCACAGUGAGUCCCCAUCCUUCAUCUUCCCAUUCAGCGCGUCCGACUCACACCGUUCGCUCAUCAUGGCCGCGGUCGGAUCGGGUCAAGGCCGGGCCCAUUUUGCCGUUCCAAACAUCAGCAACGACGAGCUGACGUCGUUCUUUGAGUCGCACUUCUCUGACGCAGCUUUGCAAGGUUUCAAAAGCGACUUUUUCAGCCCAGAGAAGCAUGCAGGCGAUGAAAGCGCUGCAUACGACGACGAAGAGUACUACGAGGAAGAAGAUGACGGACUUGGGUACUACCCAGAUGGUGUCAAACGCACGCUCACCGAUGAGCAAAUUGCCAUGUUCCGCCACUCUGAAAUUGAAGCUCUAAGAAAAGAGAAGGAAAAGGCCGAAGAGCGUCGUUCUGCAGCCUCGCAAGCAGAUCUUGAAGCUGGCGAGGUCGGCGACAAUGACAGCGCCAAGGAAGCCGCGACACCUCAACCACCCAAACCAAAGAACAAGAAAAAGCGAAAAGCAGGCAAGAACAAGAACCACGAACCCAAGCCCGACCUACGCAAAAGAACUUGGGACGUUGUCGAAGCCGGUCUUGACUCUCUUGACUACGACUGA